AUGAUCCUCCUCGGCGGGGGGCUCUGCGGGGCCGCCGCGGAGCCCAUCUCCGGCGGUGGGCCGGCUUGGGCACUCGCUGUAUACACGCUCCUGUGCCGGCCCUGGUCUCUGGGCUCCGGCGCCUGGGGCCAUUCCACUGCUGGUGGUGCUUCUUCCACCGGCCUGAUGACUGCUGCCUGCGGCAGCCCCACGGCCGGCCUGCGGCCUGCCGCCUGCGGCGCCCCCGCAGCCGGUCUGGGUCCGGCCGCCUGCGCCUCCCCUGCCGCUCGCCUGUGGCCUGCCACUGGCGGCGGCGCACUGCCGGUCGCCUUGUCUACCUCGAGAAUCUGGAUAGUCCCAGGGUUCCGGCACCCUGGCCGGUCGACUAGACCCUAG